GUGUAUAUAGGUGACUCAUAUUUCAGGCCGAUUGCUCACGCCGAAGUCGUUAUAAUGGUUAGAAAGACCCUAUACAACCCAUCACAAAUUGUAAUUUGAACUUCUAUCAACACAUCACAGUUUCUAACUCUCUUGACUUUUGCCUUGUCAAGCUACACGAUAUUACCUAUUAAAUAAUUAUAUUUUCCCCAAGUUAUCCUUCGCCAUUGCUAUAACUGUUGUAAUUUCGGAACAUAUCAUAAUGUCACAUCAAUCUGCGUCUUACCCUACUAUGGGUCCCCGACGAUCGUCAAUUGCUUCGGAGAAAACUCUCGUCGAUACUCUGAGUCAGAAAGCUGAUGUUUCUGAAAAGGAUUAUGACUUAAAGUCACCCUUCGAUACACGAUCCGCCCGAAGCCGAGGCAGCGCCAACUCAACCCCAAGUAUGAUGGACAAGGCCGCCAAGAAGGUCAAGUCUAAGCUUGGAGGGAAAAGCUCGACCUCCAAGACUAAACCCAAGCCUCAACCUAAGCAGUCGGGUCACGAUUCGUAUCCAGAUACAGUGUACAUGUGGCGAGCACUUGCAGAAACUAGGAUUUGAACAUGCUUUCCGAUAAUCUCGAUUAUAUAGAAAGGCAGUUCACGACUUCACGCAGCUUGUCUGAUAUGACAUUGACAUAAGUCACUUGCCGAAUAGAAUUUGUUAUCGGUUGGGCUUUCGUCACGAUACCCUAUCAUAUCAGACAACCGAAGUCACUCUUUGAUGAUAUGUAUGGAUACGUUUACCUGGUUUUCUACAAGAUUAAUACACGAGGGUUUCGGCUUGGGAGAAUAUGACACCAGGCAUAUCUGGGUACCCAGACGUUGGAAAAGGGGCUGAGUAAUUGUUUUAUAGUUCCGGUCAUGUUGGGACUGGAUGCAAUGGGGUACUUACAAGAUUGUUAACAUUAUGAGGCUGCGUGUGUUCUUUUUAUAAUACCACCAAGUCUAACUUAAAGGGCUAAGUAAAUGGUACUGGGUGGUUACUUGUUUUGUCAUUUAUUUUUAAUAGUGUUUACCUAUCAACAUCCAGGUAAUGAUCACUUAAUUACAUGUCUAAUACAUACCAAACGAAACUACCUAAUAUCCAAUGAAGAAGCUUGAACUUAAUGCUGGUACUGUAUUGAUGAUAAUUACAUACCUACCUGUAGGCUUGAAUCAACUCAGUUAACCUA